UCGUGCUGCUGUGUCCUUUCCGGGGAUCCCGAGAGAACUGGGUUCUGGUCUAGACCAAAAGGUGAAGUGUGAAUGUAUAGGAGAGAAAAUAGGAUGUUUUGGCAGUUGAACCUGAGGAGCCCCCACUAGGGGCGGAGAUCACUUCCUCUUUGCCCCAUCCUUUCCCGGGUUGCCCGCAGCGACCUUCGUCCACACUCAGAGACCUAUAGCUGCUGGCUGGAGCAACGGUGCCACCUAGUGGUGAGUGUCGGUGCGACUCAGGAUGUCACGGCGGGGACCCCAGCCUCGAGGAGGUGCUUUCGGAGGCUGGGGUGGCGAUUCAGCACCAGUGUGAGCCGGACAGCGCCUCCACCCCUGGCCUUUGAACCCUGCUUCAGAGCCCCUAAGAAGAGAUUUUUUUUUUUGGCCCACCGUGAAGGAACUCCGAAAGUCUUUGGUCUACUCCUAACAUUCCCAUAUGGGCACCAGUUUGCAAAGCUGGUGUCUGGGGGCUCACUGCUCUCCUCUCUCUACACAUCUCUUUCCUGCUGGUGGUAGGACACAAAGACAUUCAGGGCUGCAGAGAUGAGAGUAACAUAUUUGAUUAUCCAUACUGCAUCCAGACGCCAGGUAUAAAGUUUUACGAAAGAAGGGAGGAGCCCCCAGCAGCGCUGGAAACGGAAUAGAUGACUUUUUGCACAUCUGGAAACCUGCACAUCGAGCUGGGUCCCGCGGCCCGAGCGCCUCGGAGCUCCGCGCCGCGCGCUCGCGGUCCCAGAAGCUACCUCAGCGGUCGCAUGGCCCCAAGGACUUCCUCCCGGACGGCUCGGAGGCCCAGGCGGAGCGGCUGCGCCUGUGUCGCCAGGAGCUGUGGCAGCUGCUGGCGGAGGAGCGCGUGGAGCGCCUGGGCAGCCUGGUGGCCGCGGAGUGGAGACCAGAAGAGGGCUUUGUGGAGUUGACGUCUCCUGCGGGGAAAUUCUGGCAGACCAUGGGCUACUCAGAGGAAGGACGGCAGCGGCUUCACCCCGAAGAGGCUUUGUAUCUGCUGGAGUGUGGUUCGAUUCAGCUCUUCUACCAAGACCUCCCACUGUCUAUCCAAGAGGCCUACCAGCUGCUGCUGACCGAGGACACCUUGAGUUUCCUGCAGUAUCAGGUCUUCAGCCACCUGAAGAGACUGGGCUAUGUGGUUCGUCGGUUCCAGCUAAGCUCUGUCGUGUCACCUUACGAGCGGCAGCUUAAUUUGGAUGGUUAUGCCCAGUGCCUGGAGGAUGGGUCUGGCAAGAGGAAGAGGAGUUCCAGCUGUCGGUCUGUUAAUAAGAAGCCCAAGGUCCUACAGAACUCUCUGCCGCCCAUCAGCCUGGCAGCCUCCAGCUCACCUGCCUGUGACCAGAGUAGCCAAUACUCAGAUGAGAAGCCUCAGGACUCAAGCGCCAGGCAGGACUCAGAGCUCCCCUUGCAGUUCCUGGGGUCCUCAGAGCCUUGCUCUGAUCUAGCCAGGGAAGACGUGGGGUGUGACCGAGAGAGUCACAAAAUAGAGAACGGAGCCAAGGGAACCCCUAAGCUACGCUGGAACUUUGAGCAGAUCUCAUUCCCCAACAUGGCCUCUGAUAGUCGCCACACCUUCCUGCCUGCUCCAGCCCUAGAGCUGCUACCGGCCAAUGUCAUUGGGCGAGGGACAGAUGCUGAGUCCUGGUGCCAAAAGCUGAACCAGCGGAGGGAGAAGCUCUCCCGUCGAGACCGGGAACAGCAAGCAUUGGUCCGGCAGUUCCGGGAGGAUGUUAACGCAGAUCCUGAGGUUCGGGGCUGCUCCAGCUGGCAGGAGUACAAGGAGCUGCUGCAGAGGCGACAGACGCAGAAGAGCCAGCCCCGGCCUCCACACCUAUGGGGCCAGUCCAUUACCCCCUUACUCGACCCUGAUAAAGCCGAUUGUCCAGCCACGGUCCUGCAACAUAUCUCUGUACUGCAGACGACACACCUUGCUGAUGGAGGUUACCGGCUGCUGGAGAAGUCUGGAGGCUUGCAGAUCAGCUUCGAUGUUUACCAGGCUGACGCUGUGGCGACGUUCCGAAAAAACAGCCCUGGCAAACCCUACGUGCGAAUGUGCAUUAGUGGGUUUGAUGACCCUGUCCCAGACCUCUGCAGCCUCAAGCGCUUGACCUACCAGAGUGGGGAUGUUCCCCUGAUCUUUGCUCUAGUGGACCACGGUGACAUCUCCUUCUACAGCUUCAGAGACUUCACACUGCCCAGGGAUCUGGGCCACUGAAUACAGCUCUGGGGAUGGCUUUCUCUGGGGAGGGCCUGGACUGCUCUCAGGGACCGUGCCAGCUUUCUCUCAUACAGGACUCACCUGGAUGGAACUGUCCAGGCUAUUGGGGUCUGUGGUCCUAGGUGUCUUCUGUUUGUAGAGACGUGCACACCCUCUUGCCUGGCUACUGUGCUUUCAAGCCCACUGCCUGGAAGUGCUGCCUGGCAGUGACGCCCCUCCCCACGCCCCCUUUGGAACUCAGGACUUUGUUUUCAGAGGCCCAGGACUUGGGUUAGAAGAAAGGACUGUGCCUUUAUUCAAGGGGGUGCUUGCUUCGUGCCAUAAAGCCAAAGCCAUUAAAAACAUAUAUAUUUUC